GGGUUUGGAAAUUGGGUGGGCUCGGGAGCUUCUUGGGGAGCGGCAAGGCGAGAAAGAGCUCCUCGUCCCUUUGGAAAGCUGGUAAAAGAAACUUCUCAAGAUCAGCGCCUCUGUCUCCUGGGCCUCCUAGGGAACUGCAGGGGCCCGCCCUCCGCCCCUGGUCGCCGCUUCCUCCCCUCCCCCAGCCAGCCCCUCCCCCACCUCGCCCGGCUCGCGCCCGCCCCGCCCCCUCCACCCGCGGGGUUCCAAAGGCGGUUGGCCCGCCACGGCCACGGUCACUCGGCCACUCGGAGCUGCGAGGCGCACUGGGUUGAGAAAGCCAGCUCUAGGGUUUGGGCCGGAACUGAAGAGAAGUUUUCUGAGGCUGAGCCGACCCGGGACGCCUCAAAGUUGAUGUCCUGACUGUACGAUCUCAACUUCAAGUCUUAGACUGGUCCCGAAGCCUGUGAUCACUGCAAAAGUGGGCUUCUGGGGGCCCACAAGCUCGCACCAGACCCCAACAUCUACAGAGGAAAUUAAGGGCUUCCGGCUCUGGUUGUUGCCAACUAAGCGGGUUUCCGGGGGGAGGGGGGGAGGCGGGGCUGGGAGAAGGGCAAGAAACCUUGGAGAAGCGUCCUGAGUUACCAUGGAAACGAGGCCCAGCAGCGGUCCAAGCAGCCGGACGGAGUCCUGUGAAAUUUGCCCCCAGGGAUUACUGGUGUUCACUGGCUCUUCGGAUCUAGAUGCCAACCUGGCCAAGCAGUUCUGGAUCGGGGCUUCGAUGUAUCCCCCCAACGAAUCUCAGUUGGUGCUGUCCAGAGGUAGCAGCCAGCGCCUGCCGGUGGCCCGGGCUUCUAAGAGUAGUGCUCCUGAGAAAAGUUACUUCCAGCCUUUUUUCCUUGAGAAAAGCAAGAAUAGAGAUGGAGUUACUGAAACCCUAAAGAUUCAGGAAUCUGAGGAGAAAAAAAAGUAUCUCCAAAAGGCUAAAAAGAGAGAUGAGAUUAUCCAACUCUUAAGAAAACAAAGAGAAGAAAGGAUCUCGAAAGAACUGGUCUCCCUUCCUUAUAAACCAGAAGCCAAAGUACACAAAGCAAAGAAAGUGAUUUCAGAGUCAGAUAAAAAAGACCGCGAAGAAGUCAAAGCCUUGGACUGAUUUGACUGACACAUGGAAGAGGUUGGCUCUCUUAGAAUCUUCACUUUUGAAACAACCUGCUCAUACAUCAGGAUCACUGGGAUCAGUAGAAUUAGACUAAAAAAAAUAAUAAAAUGUAAAUAUGCAACACUUCUAGGAAUCUUACCAG